AUGGCGGAAGAAACGAACAAGGCAGGCUCAGCGACGUCCCAUACGGAUGGGGCAGCGACGACUGAACCCUCCACUCCCAGGCCAUCCAACGACGCCGGCUCGGCUCCUCCUCUCGAAAGACGCAUCUCAUCCUCGCAGCAGCCUCUGCGACACGGCAGGAAACCGAUCUAUCCCGAUAGCGACGCUGAAGCUGAGGGUCUCGAUGCCGAUGUUGACGAUGAAGCGCUCGAGACUGGUCUCCCUCCCGGCCAGGGCGAUCAUGAACGCAGCUCGCUGUUGGGAGGUUCCGCACGUCACGGUGGCGCCAACGCCAUCGGUCCGCUAGAUCGUGCCUGGCUCAACAUGUCCAAGCUCUGGGGCGGCGACAAGGCGUAUUCUGCAAAGCUUGCGCGUCGUCGCAAACAACGAAGAGCCACCGCUUGUGCAUCGGUCGCUCGCAGGAACUCGAUCCAUACCUCGUCAGCCGCCUCGUUCGCCGCUUGGAGACAAGAGCACCCCUUCAUUAUGCGCUCGAUCUACGCAAUCGCAUCGCUUCUUCUCAUCCUGCUCGUCCUUAUCGUCGUGGCAGUGUCUCAUCUAUACGCUGCGACGCUCAAGACUCCAUCGCCAGAAGCUCAGUCCCGCAUCCUCGACGAAUCCCUCUUGCUCAAAGGGCCUGACCGUCUACAGCUGCUCAACAUUUCCGAUGAAGGCAUCCUUGUGCGCGUUGAUGCCCGCCUCGGUCUCGAUCCAGAUCAUGCGUUGGAUCUUUGGCUUGGCCCGCGCGGCCAUCAAGGUUGGUGGAAGAACAAGGAGCGUAAACUCGUCGAGUGGGCCGUAGGCAAAGUCGCUGGCGUCCAAGUUGACGUCGGCGAGGUUCGUCUCUCCGAGAUCGGCGCCUCCUGGGACCAGCAGGCGCUUCCAUCCACCAGCUUGAGCUCCAACGCAUUCGAUCCGCGCGAUAUGCUCGGCUUCCACAUCGAUCCACUUGUGUUGCCUCUGCCUCCUCUCAAUCGCAAGGUCGAUGGCGACGAUGAUGACGCCGACGCUCUCCGCCCUCCCAUCCUCGGCAACCACAGCACACCGGCAGCGCGGCACAACAUGAGUCCGCUCAAUCUGACGCUGCUGCUCAAGCCAGUCGUGCCUGCCCCCUACAUUCUGGACUACGCCCAGCACGCCAUCAAAAAAGGCUUCGCUCAGCUUGAUGUCAAGAUUGCCAGCCUCCGCGUCCGUGGGCUCGCCAAAUCAGAGAUCCACGGCAUCAACCGCGGACGAAAAGCGGGCUACUUUGACGUUCCUCGUCGCAUCGAUAUUGCUCAGCAUCGCAUCCGAAGUCCCAUUCGCGAAAAGGUGCCCAAGUUGGACAACGACACCAAUCCAGACGAUUUACUCAAGGUGGACGGCUACGAGUUCUUUGAGAUCGGCAACGACGACGACGACAGUGGUAAAGACGGCAAGCAUGGCUUCUUCAAGUCGAUGGUCAUGCGUGCACUGGGUCUCAGGGCCAAGGCACAGGCGAUGAACCCUCUUGGCAAAGUCCUCCAAGGCAACGUGCGAUACAGUCUGCCCUUCGGAAUCUAUUUGCCUGUCGACGGUACCUCGCCAUCAGCACCCAAACAUCCCAAGCAUGGCAAGGACUUGGCAGAAGACGACUCCGAAGAUCAGCCCGAUGCUGCCGUCCUGAUGGCUGCUGUUGCCACGGAGCCUUUCCAGCUGACGGGACAAAAGGUGGUCGACGUUGACAUCAUUGGUCGUGUCGUGCCGCCGCCUCAAGACGAGGGAAGCUUGCGUGUUAUCGGCCAUCUUCCGACAGACCAACUCUCGCUCGAAGCUGCUAGCGAUUCGACCUUCGAGUAUGCCUCGCAGGAAGGUGAUGCGCAAAGCGCUGCAUUUGGCGACUCGCCUCAACAGGCUGCACUUAGCAACUUCUUGAGCCGCUUCUUGCGGGGUGAAGCCAACACAGUCUACGUGCGUGGCGGAUCGCCAUUCCGUGAGCCAAAGAGUGCCAGCCGCGUCAACGGAUCCGAGCCGUCUGUUUCUGCAGCAGUGGAGCAGCUUCCUGGCCAAGGUUCGGAUCUGCCCGACUGGAUGGAUUCUGCGCUGCGCUUGGUUGACUUGCCCAUCUCGUUCCCUGGUGCCGAGGUGACCGAGCUAAUCAAAAACGUGACGAUCAACGAUCUCAAGAUCACGCCGCACCCAUUUGAGAAGGACAAGCUUCUUUGCAGCGGCACUGUUCUGGGCGAGAUCAACAUGCCUGGCGAGCUGAGCAGCAUCGACGUCAAGAUCACGCACAUGUGGCCCGACAUUCUGGUGUACGACGGUCUACCACCGAGCAUGCGCAAGAGCAUCGAGAUGGGUUCGAGUCGACCGAUGAGUCAAUUCAACAUGCUCGAUGGUGCGCUGGACAGCCUCAAGCGACUCGCGUUCCUCGACAUAUCGGCCGAGGAUGGCGAAGACCAGCACGUCACCUCUAAGGACGACCCCAAGAAGCCUGAGCCGGAGCCUGAGCCGGAGCCUGCACCUCCUCUGCCCGAUCCGCUGCCAGAGAAAGCAUUUGGACGCGUACGACCGUACGACUUUUCCCCCGCCGAGACGUUCAUCGACCCCACAGAUCCGAAAGGGGAGCGCAAGCUGCUUCGAGCGGUGCUCAAGGACGUACCGUUCACGGUGCUGCCGGGACGAGGACCCAUUUUCCGAUCGUUCACGUGGAAGUUGGUGACAGGCCAAGGAGCUAUGGUGGGCAUCGAAGGUACCAGCCGUGCCAAGAUCUGGAACUCAGGUCUGGGUGCGUUGCAGCUGCGCAACCUUCCUGUCAAGGGCGCUUUCAUGCUCGGCAAGCGCGAUUAG